AUGUCUCUAGACCCCUUUGACGACGUCCUCACCCUCGAAGAUCAAUUCUUCUCAGAGGGCUUCCGCCAAGGCACCGAAGACGGCAUCCAAGCAGGCAAAAUCGAGGGCCGCUCCGUCGGCCUCGCAAAGGGCUACGAGAAAUUCUACGAGAGCGGAAGGAUACACGCCCGCGCCGUCAUAUGGGCCAAUAGACUGUCCCUCCCCCAGAAGAAUAGCAGCACUGCCACCAAAAAGCCGUCCAGUUCUUCAGCGGCAGCCUCAGCCUCGGUUUCAGGCUCGGCCGAGCAAGCCCAACUAUCGACAGAGCCGCCAUCAGAGUCACAAAACAAGACCUGCGCCCUACCGCCGCUGCCGCCCAACGCGAGACUAGAAAAGAACGUCACAACGGCGUUUGCGCUGGUCGAGCCGGACACGCUCUCCAAGGAGAACAGCGACGACGCCGUCAACGACUUUGACGACAGGUUGAAGAGGGCGCAGGGCAAAGUCAAGAUCAUUGAGCGCAUGACGGGUGAAGUGGUUUCUGCGCCGGAGGCUCCUGCUGCUGCUGGCGAUAUAAAGGUCCCGGAGGCCAAGGAGAUUUGA